CCUUGCCCUAGCCGGAAUUAACACCCCUCCCCCCAAGCUGGCUAAGAUGGUCCUUCCUUUUAGCCCUGAUCAAUGCUCAGAAUAACCUGGAGGAGUUGGAGAGCAGAUGGAGGGAACUGUGCUCUGGAUACUGCUUCUUCAAGGGCUUCUGGACCUUGGAUGGGGGAGGAGUGAGGAGCUUCGGCUUUAUCACCAUCUCUUCAAUCGCUAUGAUCCUACCCGAAGGCCAGUAAGAGGGCCAGAAGAAAAAGUUUCUGUCAAUUUCAAGGUCACCUUGACUAAUCUUAUCUCCUUGAAUGAGAAACAAGAGACUCUCACUACCAGUGUUUGGAUUGGAAUUGACUGGAUUGAUCAUCGGCUGAACUACAGCAGUAAGGACUUCGGAGGCAUCACCACGCUGAGAGUCCCCGCUAACCUGGUGUGGCUUCCCGACAUCGUGCUGGAGAACAACAUAGACGGAGUGUUUGGAGUGGCCUACGAGGCCAACGUGCUGGUGAGCGAAGGCGGCUUUGUGAGCUGGCUCCCUCCCGCCAUCUACCGCAGCACCUGCGCAGUAGAAGUCACCUACUUUCCCUUUGACUGGCAAAACUGCUCCCUGAUCUUUCGGUCUCAGACGUACAGCGCUGCGGAAGUGGCCAUUGUCUUCUCGGAGGAGUCUGGCCAGGUGCUAAACAAGAUCCAGAUUGAUGCGGAGGCCUAUACGGAGAACGGGGAGUGGGCCAUCGAUUUCUGUUCUGGACAGAUCUGGCUCCAUGAUGACCGCCCCGUGGAUGCGCCAGGGAACGUUGAAGUCAUCUACACACUCAUCAUCCGAAGGAAGCCCCUUUUCUACAUCAUCAAUAUCAUCGUGCCCUGUGUUCUCAUCUCAGGCCUCGUACUCCUAGUCUACUUCCUUCCUGCGCAGGCGGGUGGGCAGAAGUGUACAGUCUCCAUCUCCGUCCUCCUGGCCCAGACCGUUUUCCUGUUCCUCAUGGCGACAAAAAUACCAGAGACUUCUCUGAGCGUCCCUUUGCUGGGGAGGUAUCUCAUUUUCGUCAUGGUUGUAGCAGCUCUGAUUGUCAUGAAUUGCGUCAUCGUGCUCAACGUCUCUCUAAGGACGCCCAACACUCAUGUUAUGUCUCCUCGGUUACGUUAUGUUUUCUUAGAAUUGUUGCCAGGUCUUUUGGGUUCUACUCCACGUCCGCCAGCGCCAGGGGCAGCUUCUUCCCAACGGAGGGCUUCUUCUCAGGGAAUUCUGCUCCGUGCGGAGGAACUGAUCCUGAGGAAGCCCCGGAGCGAGCUGCUAUUUGAAGGGCAAAGACAUCGGCAUGGGACAGGACCAGCUGCCUCCACUGCCGCACUAUGUCAGAGUCUGGGAACUGCUUCAGCUGAGAUUCGUUGCUGUGUAGACGCGGUGAACUUCUUAGCGGAAAACAUGCGGGAGCAGGAAGACUCUGGGGAGGAAGUUUCCAGCUGGGUCCUUGUGGGAAAAGCCUUGGACAACAUCUGCUUCUGGGCAGCCCUCGUGCUCUUUGGGUUUGGCACAGGCCUUAUCUUUCUUGGUGGUCACCUGAACCAGGUGCCUGACUUGCCCUUUCCCCCUUGUAUGUAGACUUCCUUUUUAACCAGACCACCCAUAAUCCUAAAACUCAGCUUCUUCGAGGGGUGUUGACCCUUAUUGGUCCCUCCAUCUUGAGCCUUAUUGGCCAGUCCCAUCAGGAAAUAAAAUCUUCAAUGACCAGUCACUAAGGCCCAAGUGAAAAGGACCUCCCACAUUUCACUUCCCUCUCCCUAAAUAUCUUUCUUGGACUCCAGUCUCCUUUAUUCAAUUAUUUUUGUUCCAUUGAUAUGACUCACACUGAGGCUUCUCUCUUCUGUGGUACAAGGACCUCAGCAGCCUCCUGCCCUGUAAAAGAAUUCUGGCUUUCCCUAGCCCCCCCAAGAUUUCUCCCACAAAAUUCACGAAUUACAACUAAAGGCCUUUUUAGCCUGUAUUAUUUUUCCCCUAGUGAAUGGGAGUUGGAAUAUUAACUAGUCUACCCGUUUCCCAGACAUUUCCCUCUUUCCUCCUCCCCAACACAAUAGCUAGCAUUUACUAGUGCUUUAAUGUUUGCAAAGCAUU